AUGAAAUCAGAAUUAAAAAAAAUGAUCAAUUCAUUGAUUUCAAGUAAAUCUUUAAAAAAUGUUAAAAUAUCAUCCUUGAGUAAUGGAGAAACUGGUAGUAUUUAUGAUAUCUUGGAAGAAAGUGAUGAUAGUGAAGAAGAAGAUCCAGAAUUAAAUACAUCAAUUGAAAGAAUUGAAUUUGAUUGUUAUGGUUUAUUUAUUUCAUCACCAUUAACAUGA